AUGCAUGUUGGUCAUCAGAGCCAACACCAUAUAGAACCUCUUGGGCCUUUGCGAUACGAACGCCCUGACGUGGAGGAGCACUUUCAGACUCCAUACAUUUAUGAAAUGUACAGUACCCUCGGGCGAUACUCGGAAUUGCGCACCAACAUUCAUCUCAAUGGGGUCCUGAGGAGUCGUGUCACAUAUCUUCUCAUGCAACGUCAACAGCAAGUUGCGCAGAAGGCGUGGUUCUCCCCAAACCAUGUACCGACUCAUGCAGCCUUGUACACGAGUCGAUUUACAUGGAAGGCGUAUCAGUGCCCUCGUUUGGUUCUCGUCAAUGACAGGGUUUCAGAAUAG